AUGCCGCAUCGCACCAUUCAUCUUUUCCGGAAGGGACUUCGGAUUCAUGACAACCCAACGCUGCUGGCCGCACUGGAGUCCUCGGAGGUCGUCUACCCCGUCUACAUCCUGGACAGAACGUUCCAGACGUCCGUGAUGCACAUGGGGACCCUGCGGUGGCAUUUUCUGCUGCAGUCCCUGGAGGAUCUCCAGAAGAACUUGUUUCAGCUGGGCUCCUGCUUGCUGGUAAUUCAGGGAGAGCACGAGGCUGUUCUGAGAGAUCACGUCCCGAAGUGGAAUAUCACACAAGUGACGCUGGAUGCGGAGAUGGAACCGUUUUACAAGGAAAUGGAGGCCAGGGUGCGGCGGUUGGGAGAAGAGCUGGGCUUUGGGGUGCUUUCCCUGGUGGGCCACACUCUGUACGACACCAAACGGAUUUUGGACCUGAACGGUGGGGCUCCCCCAUUAACAUACAAGAGGUUCCUUCACAUUCUCUCUCUGCUGGGUGACCCCGAGGUGCCUGUCCGAACCCCAACAGCUGAAGACUUCCAGAGAUGCCGGCCCCCUGACCCGGCCCUAUAUGAGUGCUACAGGGUGCCUCUCCCUGAGGAUUUGAAGAUCCCCCUGGAGAGCCUCUCUCCCUGGAGAGGAGGGGAGACCGAAGGGCUGCAGCGGCUGGAGCAACACUUGACUGACCAGGGCUGGGUGGCAAGCUUUACUAAGCCAAGAACAAUCCCAAAUUCGCUGCUUCCAAGCACCACAGGCCUGAGCCCGUAUUUCAGUGUGGGCUGUCUGUCAGUUCGCACCUUUUUUUAUAGAUUGUCAAACAUCUACGCUCAGGCCAAGCAUCAUUCUCUGCCCCCGGUGUCACUCCAAGGGCAGCUUCUAUGGAGGGAAUUCUUCUAUACGGUGGCAUCAGCAACACCAAACUUCACCCAAAUGGCUGGAAACCCCAUCUGCCUUCAGAUCAGUUGGUACGAGGAUGCGGAGCGACUCCACAAAUGGAAAACGGCACAGACGGGGUUCCCGUGGAUUGACGCGAUUAUGACCCAGCUGCACCAGGAAGGUUGGAUCCAUCACCUCGCCCGGCACGCUGUUGCCUGCUUCCUGACACGGGGGGACCUUUGGAUCAGCUGGGAAGAAGGCAUGAAGGUGUUUGAAGAGCUGCUUUUAGACGCUGACUACAGCAUCAACGCGGGGAACUGGAUGUGGCUGUCGGCCAGCGCGUUCUUCCACCAGUACACGCGGAUCUUCUGCCCCGUCCGCUUUGGGAAGCGCACGGACCCGGAGGGGCAGUACAUUCGGAAAUACUUGCCUGUACUAAAGAACUUUUCCUCCAAGUACAUCUACGAGCCCUGGACAGCCUCUGAAGAGGAGCAGAAGCAAGCAGGGUGUAUCAUAGGUCAAGAUUACCCCUUCCCAAUGGUGAACCACAAGGAAGCCAGUGAUCACAACCUGCAGCUGAUGAAGCAGGUCAGGGAGGAACAGAACAGAACAGCCCAGCUCACGAGAGAUGAUGCAGAUGACCCAAUGGAACUGAAGGUAAAACGUGACCACUCUGAAGAAAACGUAUCAAAAGGAAAAGUGGCCAGGAUGACAGAACAAACCGAGAUCCCGUCAGGGAUUACCUGUUGGGAACCAAAAAAUGGCAAAAGGGGAGAGCCAGAGGCCAGCUGAGCUGGACAAACUGUACUCAGCACUUUGCCC